AUGGCGGGCAAAAUGACCUUGUACAAGCUCGUGGUGCUGGGCGAUGGAGGUGUGGGCAAGACGGCCCUGACCAUCCAGCUCUGCCUGAACCACUUCGUUGAGACGUACGACCCCACUAUCGAGGACUCGUACCGCAAGCAGGUCCAGAUCGACGGCCAGUCGUGCAUGCUUGAAGUCCUCGACACAGCUGGCCAAGAGGAGUACAUUGCACUGCGAGACCAAUGGAUACGCGACGGCGAGGGCUUUGUCCUCGUCUACAGCAUCUCUUCACGAUCCUCGUUCGCUCGCAUACAGCGCUUCCACAGUCAGAUCCAGCGCGUCAAGGAAACCGCCAUGGCUGGCUCCCCCACCUACCCCGGCUCUCCCAUCAGUGCAUCGGCCCCCGUCUUCGGCCAGGCCCCCGUCAUGCUGGUGGGCAACAAAUGCGAUCGCGUCACCGAGCGCGAGGUGUCUACACAGGAAGGCCAGGCCCUAGCCAAGGACCUGGGUUGCGACUUUGUAGAGGCUUCAGCCAAGAACUGCGUCAACGUCGAAAAGGCCUUCUUCGACGUCGUCAGACAACUGCGUCGACAGCGACACCAAGGCUCGGGCCGCCAUUCAGACAGAACCGAGAAGACGCGUGGCCCGCGUGGGCCAGCCAACGAUCGCGUUCGAGGGAGUGGUGGUGAUCGUGGAGGCAACAACGGCCGCUCUACAAAGCGCAAGGACAAGCCCAAGUGUAUCAUAUUGUGA